GCCGCGCCUGCGCUCGCCCAUGUCAUUAUCCACCACGGCCAGCUCAGCAGACGGCGCGACGGUGAACGACACGCCAGAAGAAUGGAGGGCACAGCUCGAGGCGCUCCCGAGCCUCGAGGAACUCGGCGGCAGCGUGCCAGCCGUCUUCCUCGCUCACGGUCAACCGAUGCUCAUCAUGUCGCCGCAACUGGCGGCGCAGCGAGGCGGCCAGUUUGGAGCGCUCGCGACGAUACAGGGUCCCGACGGCCUUCUCGUCCAGUUCCUGCGCGACCUCGGGCCGCACCUCCUCACCAAGUACCGCCCCAAGGCGCUCGUCAUCCUAUCGGCGCACUGGGAGACGGCCGGCGGCGGCGUCACGACCGACUAUGGCGGCGAGAACCCGCUCCUCUACGACUACUUUGGCUUCGACCAAGCGCUGUACGAGGUCGAGUUCAAGUCGCGCGGCGACCGUCAAGUCGCCGAGCGGGUCGUCGAGCUCCUCCAGGCCGCCGGCAUUAAGUCGUCGCGGCUCACGAACAAGCUCGAGCCUCGCGGCGAGGACGGCCGAGGGUUCCAAGGACCAGGACUCGACCACGGCGUCUUUGUCCCGCUCAUCCACAUGUUCAAGGGCGAGGCGCCCAUCCCCGUCGUCCAGGUGUCGAUCCCGUCCGACCUGCGUCCCGAGACGCAGCACACCCUCGGCGCUUCACUCGCCCCGCUCCGCAGCGAGGGCGUCCUUGUCGUGGCGGGCGGGCUCUCGAUCCACACGUUCCGCGACUUUAGCGCCUUCUCGCCCGACACGGCCAAGCCGCAGUACCGCGCGUGGGAGAAGAGCAUCGUCGACGCCGUCGCCGUCGCCGAGCCCGACGCUCGACACCGCGCCCUGUUCGACCUCGUGCAGCACCCGUCUUUCCGAGCCGCUCAUCCUCGCGAGGAGCAUUUUGUCCCUCUCUACGUCGCGCAGGGUGCAGGGUCCGAGGGCGGCGAGGCCAAGGGUGCGAGGAUGGUGUGCGGGCUGUGGGGAGCCAAGACGAUCGUCUUUGGCGUGUAGCUCUCGCUCUCUGUAACCGAGUUUUCGGGC